AUGGUCCAUAAUGAAAGUCCCGCGUCAACCAUCUCCAUCGUCUCUAUCACCCUCUCGCAGAAGUCGGUGGACCAGGAGUCCUUCCUCGUGCGGAGGAUGCGGCGGCGGGUGAAAGGGGAGGAGGCGACGAUAUCAAACAGAAGAGAUCGCGAGUGUUUGAGGACGCUGCAAUUGAGACUUCAUUUGAGACAGAAGCUGUUGGCUGCACUGGCGGCGAUCAGGUGCGUUGACGAGAGAGACUCGACGGGUCUGUUGAACCUCCUGCUCAGUCUGCUGCUUGCGAUCUGCGUCAACGAGGAGUGUGCCUCCUCGGACUACAAGGCGUACACCCUGAAUGCGACGUUGAUCGCCAAGAUACGAGCCGAAGGAACGAGGAAAUGCGGCAGGAACGACCUGAAGAUGAUUCAGAGCAUGAUCACGGUCGCAAUUCUGUUCGUGCUCAGCGACAGGUUCAGGACGAAGAUGAAACUGAAUGACAUCCAAGAGCUUUUAGAGGAAAGGAAGUACAACUUCAUUCGCGUGAAGCCUCCCGUCCUCGAAAUCUUCACCUCUGCCGCGUUCGCUGGUUUCAUCGUGGAGCUGCUGCUCAACUGCCUGCACACCUUCCCCUUCUUCUACUCGGACAUCGAGAUGAUCGUGAUGAGGAGGCGCAUCUUGUACCGGUUCGAGUCAAUCAUGUGCGCCGUCAUGUUCCUCAGGAUUUAUCACAUCCUCCGAUGGCUGUUCGAACGAACUUACCUCAAAUACUUCGACCUUGAGAACUCGCAUCUGCUCAAGGACGACUCGACCAUCCAACUCGUCAUGGAGAACCUUAACUCUCGCCGAUCCCUUGCCUUCAAGAUCGCCAUGGCGGCCAACCCCGCCAUCAUCCUGCUGUUCUGCGUCACACUACUGCACGGGACCACAUCCUACCUCGUGCGGAUCGCUGGAGAGGGGAAGAUGUUUCCGCAGACUCACGCUGGGAGGUUUGCGACGGUCGUGAGCAUCUUCGGCAUGCCGCUGAUCAUGGCGCUGGUAACGGCGAACGUGACUCGGCGGUUGAACUUGACGGGGGAGGAGAUGCGGCUGAUGGUGUCGAUCGAGCACAACAAGUGCAAGAUGAAAGUGUUUGCGUGCGCUGCGAGGAUCAUACAGCAGUGGUGGAGGGCAACGAUGAGAGGAGAGAACGAGGGGCUCGGCGAGUCGAUGCAGACACUUGAGAUGAUAGGGGAGUUCUACAAGGCGGGGAACGAGUUGUACAGAUUCCGCAAGGCAAACGUGAAGAUGGUGAGCGACCAGAGCGUCGGGUUGUCGCUGUGGUUGGGUUUGCCCGUAGAGCAGGAGAAGUCGAGGGAGGAGAAGAAGGAGGAGAAGAAGGAGAAGAUGAGGGUGAGGAGGAGAGAAUCAGACCCCUCCAUCUUCCCGGCCUCCUCCUACUCAGUCGACGAUGUGGUCAACGAGAUCAGGAGGGUCAGCUCGCGCUUCCAGCGGCUCUCUGCCAAGUGCGAGGAGGAGAGCAGGAGAAGCAGUGGAUCCGAAGAUUCUUCUCGGUCAAGUAUGAGGCCUCUCAUGCCGGCAAUGAACGUGUAG